GCCGGAUAAUUGGACUACACCCCUAUUUUCUUUUUAUUAUCACUUCGACGAAAAAUAAGACUAGUUUAAGACUUUUUUACGAUCAUUAAAAAUAGGCAAUUGUAUGCAUUUAAUUGUUGAAUUCACGGUCGGCAAGGCAGUCGGGAAAAGUUCAUCAGGUCUCUAUUCUUACGUCUUAUUCGUGAUCACAGCCGUACGAGCAAUGUAUAAGACGUGUUCGUAUUGUAUAGUUCGUUUCCCUAAUUUAAAGUUCGAUUAAAACCAUUAUCAAUAGCCCGAUCUGAUAACUGUAGAAAAGUAUUUCAAGCUAAUGUUCUGCAAGGAAGGAAACAUCCAUGGUUACACGAAAGACUAUACGAAAUUUCUGGACGUGAAAUCGAACACGAUGUCGGGUAGUAGAUCUCGUGACAAUUAACUAAUUUGUAGAUACAAUGAGCACAUAAUAAUAACAUAAUAGUGAGGAUCUACAUGUUAUACAAAAUGGUUAGGAUAAAGUGGUCAUUAAUGAAGACUCCGAACACUCUUAAACUUCACUUAAAACAGAAAUGGCGGCAGCUUCAAAUCAUUACGAAAUCUUUAUUUUACAACGACUUCUUGAACUGGAGUUACAUCUGUGAUAUUCUUUUAGAGCCAAUGUUUUGGUUUGUAGAGAUGUUCAGUGCCUGUCUAGGACCGUUCACAGGUGUUUGUAGUAAUGGUAACCCUUUUAACUGCAUAUAUAGUGUAUAUUGCCUAUUACAUUGGUCUGCCAUAUUGGUGGGAGAAGAGUCCAGCGAUGACAAUAAUCCUCCUAGUGGUUGGAAACUGGUUGCUAGUUAAUGUCUGUUUCCAUUAUUAUAUGGGUGUUAAUGUCCCAGCUGGCUACCCACCACAAGGUGGCCUUAUUCCGGAGGCUGUGAGCAUUUGUAAGAAAUGUAUUAAACCAAAACCACCCAGAACGCAUCAUUGCUCUGUGUGCAAUAGGUGCAUUCUUAAAAUGGACCAUCAUUGUCCGUGGCUGAAUAAUUGUGUCGGUCAUUACAAUCACCGAUACUUCUUCCAGUACAUGGCUUUCAUGGUGUUAGGUAUUAUAUUUAUUAUGCUGUUUGGAGUCGAAAUAGCAUAUCAAGAAUACUUUCCCGCCCAAGAUCCAGAAUUAGACGGCCAUCCUGUGCGGAUCAAUAACUCCGAGAUCAUACCUGUGUCUGAAUCCUUGGAUCAUUUGAGUGAGGAAGAGAUAGCGAAGAUAGCUAAGCAAGCCGCCGACGCGAAGGCCAAGGAAUGGAGGCGACAACUUAUCAAUUGCGCGGCUUUAAUCUGCGUACCGACUUUCGCUACUUUGGGAGCGUUAAUGUGGUGGCACGCUAUUCUUAUCACUAAGGGGGAAACAAGUAUAGAAGCACGUAUUAACACUACAGAAGCUGAGAAGUAUAAAAAACUUGGAAAAGUGUAUGAAAAUCCAUACAACUUCGGCCCGAAGCAAAACUGGAAGCUGUUCUUAGGCGUAGUCGACAGAAGCUGGUGGUAUAUACUUUUUCCGUCGAACCAUGGCCCAUAUGGGGAUGGACUAACAUGGAGGACCAUUCACGAUGCAAAGAUCUCUUGAGUAUAAUUCCUGUGUCGCAUACGGCAGAUUUCGCAUUUAUUUUCGACAGUCACGAAGAAGCUAUUCUCGCAGAGUUUAAACACCUCUAGUCAAGCUACGAUUAUUUAGCGUUUCAUACAUUUAGCAAAUUUUCUUUCUUGUUUGACAGAAAGGAAUAACGGAAACCAUACAAAAAGAAUAAUUUAGCAGAAUCAUCUCAAGGCUUUGUAAAAUAUUUCGAAAAUUUUUCCAAUGUUCUCGAAGAUGUACUCUUUACUGUACCUCUAAGAAACGUAUAUCAUUCUCUCCAAUGUACAUUAAACAAUUUUAAUAUUAAAUGUAUUUUGACUUUCUAAUCUUGA